UGGAAGGCUGGUUGAAAUUGACCCAUCCCUCAGUAUGCUGCAGCAUUUGAAGCACUUGGAAAUUAAUGGCUGUAUUGGUUUAAGGAUGCUUAAAGGAGGACCAACCACGCUCGAUCUAGGCAUUUUACGUCAAGCAUGGCCAGACUCAUUGGCUAAUCUAAAGCGUCUAUCAACGCUAAGGAUGGAGAAUGUGGAAUUCCUUGAACUUCCGAAUUCAAUAGGAGAGAUAGCUGGUCUUCAAGAGUUGUCUUUAGGUGAUUCAUCUGUGAAUAUAAUUCCAGAGUCAAUUGGAAAAUUGAAAUCUCUAGUCAAGUUGAAACUAUCUGGCACAGACAUUAUAGAGCUACCCAAUUCAAUUGGAGAGCUUAAGAGUUUAAAGGUACUUCUCAUGGAUAGAUGUAAAUUAAAAAAGCUUCCUAAGGCAAUAGGGAUGUUGGAGAAGCUCGAAUAUUUAGGAGCUACACUUUGCGAAUCUUUGGAGGGAGAAGUUCCGAUGGAAAUUGGGGCACUAUCAUCUUUGAAAAGCCUUUGGUUAGGAGGAACCCGUAUUUCUGUAGUGCCACCAAGUAUUAGUUCGCUUUCUCUACUUGAGGAUUUGAUAAUUUCGUCUUCGAGAUUACAGCAGAUUCCGGAUUUGUCAAACCUGACAAACUUAGAACGUCUGGUUUUAUGCGAUCAUGAGCGUCCUAAAUAUGUUAAAAUGCCUCAUGCACCAUAUUUGCCGUGGAUUGGGAGGUUAACGAAGUUGACGUGGUUGAAUUUGGACCUUUCAGAUAUGACCGUGUUGCCAGCGGAGUUUAGUGCCCUUGUCGAUCUCCAAUGUCUCCAGUUACGAGGCUCCACCUUUCAAUCUCUCGAGCACUUUCCACCCAAUAUUUGGAGGGUCACUUUCUUUGAUCUUCGGUCCACAGAUGGAUGGUCAUGCCUUCGCACCUUCAAAUAUUUGUCUAGAGUACAUGUAAGCAGGUCGGGCUUAACAGAAAUUCCACUGGAUGCGCUUGGACAGUUGCAGAACCUUUGCGAAUUGAUUGUGUCAGAGUGUCAAGCCCUCGAGAAACUAUACCAUGUAACAUGCUUAAGAAAGCUAUCGUAUUUGGCGGUUCGUGAUUGCCCUCGGCUAGUUGAGAUUCAAGGUAUCGAACGAUUAGAAUCAUUGGAGAAUCUAAUUAUUAUAUGUUGCCCGUUAUUAAAAGAGCUGCCAGAUCUACAGGAUCUGACAAAGUUGCGUAUAUCAAAUUGCCACUCGGACGAAACCCUGGUAUAG